AUGGAACUAUGUCAGCAAACUAGCGUCACGAGUGACCCAAAACGUAGACAGGCAGUUCAACGGAGAAACUGGAAGAGUAACGAGGAGGAAGAAGAAAAGAAAAGGUCAAGUGAAAAUGUGUUGGGCAAACGGUUGCAGCACGCGGGGCCGCAGGCGCUUUUGUAUAGCUUGCGCGAAAUGUACUGGCCGGUCGCAGGCAGGAACCUCGCCAGACAAGUGGUGCAUAGCUGCGUCACCUGUCGAAGGACGGCUUCAGGAGUUAUCCGAAAAUCUUUCGCAAAGAUCUGUCCACUUUUAGACGCUUCAUCGUUGGAAGAUGGAGCUUCCAAGGCUGGGGUGAAAGAAACGUCGAAGAAUGUUGCAGGCGUGGUCGUGCAAGAGGACGAGGAAGUGGACGUGAUGGUGCCGAGACCUCUGAAGAGUAUUUAUCUUUUUUUA